GAUUUCUUCCCCUCUUUUUCCUUUUUAUUACAGUCCAAAUUAAAAUUGCCGUCUCAUCUCAAGAGUCUACACGUUUCAGAGACCACAAGUUUCCCUCAUUUCCUCUCUUCUCCUUCGACGCUUGCUUUCCUUCUAGGGUUUACGCUUUCCAUUUCAGCUAAGAAGAGAUCGUCUCUCCAAUUCUUUACUUGAGAUAGCCAGCCAUGGAUUGGGGCAACGUUACUGCGGAGGAUCUGAUCGAUGCGCUUCGAGAGGUUGAUUGGUCAUCGCCUCCUCGACCUAUCUCCGAGUUCUUCUCCAGGUUCACCGUCCCCCGAUCUUCCGCCAAGUGGAACAGCCGCCUCAAAUGCAAUCUCUAUUAUUACCGAACCAACUACUUCAUUAUGAUUGUUUUCAUUCUCGGAUUGGGUUUUCUACGAAGGCCGCUUGCUAUUGUUGCUGCUUUUCUGACAGCACUCAGCAUUGCUUUUCUGAAUGACAGCUUUGCAGGCACUUUCAGUGAGAAAGUAACCAGAACUGUUAGACAGUUCUCCCCACAUAUGGCUGCAAAGAUGAGACCUCCUCUUACGCCUGUUAUCCGUGGACGCCCGUCAUCUAAAAGAGCAAUAUACAUAUGUGGACGUCCUCGAUGGGUUUUUGUCAUGGUGUUCGCUUCUGUGAGUUUCAUUCUCUGGUUCAUUUCUUGCGGUCUGUUGACUGUACUUUGGUCGCUUGCCUUUGGACUUCUUGCCACUUUGCUUCAUGCAAGCUUCAGAACACCUAACUUGAAAGCUCGUCUAAACACAUUCCGUGAGGAAUUCCGUGCUGUUUGGCGCAAUUAUAGUGAACUGUAGUCGCCUGAAUUUUGUAGAAUGCGUCCUCUGUUAAUUAUGAUGUUCAUACUGUAAAUCCGUGCUUCACUUCACCCGACUGCUUUGCUGCUUUUUCUAAAGAACACUUUGCUGGGAUGGAAAAUCUCAAGUGAUGACUGCCAAAUAUGCAAGAUUUUGCUGCUGGUAGUAAAUUGUGGCCCAUGUUUCUGGAGAUUUAACUGUUUCAUUUGUCAUCUGUAUUGUGAAGACUGAGGAUAGAUACAGUGGAAGGUUUUCAGUGAAGCAGACUGAACAUUCUUAGAAUUCUCGGCAUUCCAAUGCCUCAUUUAGUUAUGAACUUUUUUUACUUCCCUAUUUCUUCAUUAAAAAGAAAAAAAAAUAAUGGUCCAGUUCAGGAGCAGUUUAUGGUUGAAUAACAUGCGUGCCUUCUAUGAAUCUCCAAUUUUAAUUUGUUUGAAGUUUGAUCCCUAUGAUUCAAGCUUGGGGGCCAUUAGUAGCCACCCAAAACUAUUGAUGA